GAGAUCGAGUGCAUCAUCUUCAACAUGAUCCCGUUGAGUUUUUCCAUCUGCAUGGGCCUCCUUCUGUUCUCCCCUCAGUGCACGGACCAGCUGUGCACAGAGGGGAAAGCCAAAGAGUGUCAGGAAGCAGAGUUUGUUCCAGGGUCUAAUUUAGCUGGCGAGGGCUUYGACAUCACCAAGAUGGAGCGUAAAGGAGCGUACGUGCUCGACAUGAACCAGUGGAGGCGUAAGGAUAAAACCUGCACCCUGUGCAGCAACCCCUACGUGGAGAACAGGAAGCAGAAGCUGCCCCUGUCCGUGGUGGACUGGAGGGCCAAGCAGUCCUGCAGCGCUUCAGUGUCCUCCAAACUCCACAAAUCCAGCGAGUCCCUGGUCAGCUCCAGCUCCUCUUCUGUCGAGAACAACUGGAAGACGGACCUCGAAGUAGAAACUCAAGACAAAAGCGGGUCCGUGAUGCUGGCGGGAACCCACUCCAAGCUGGCGGAGUACUCCAUGGAGAAAACAAAGGACGACAAGUUCAGCUUCGCAACUACCAGCAUGUCCUGCGAGUACUACAGCUACAGGGUGAUGGGCUCUCCAAAGCUGCACCGAGAAUUCAAGAAAGCCUUGAAAAYGCUUCCCAAGAUCUACUCUCCAGAAUACAAGCCGCGGUUUUACAAACUCAUCAAAGACUUCGGCACGCAUUUCGUCACCAAGGUGAAGCUGGGCGGAAGUAUCGAUUCCGUCACCAGCGUCAGGCAGUGUGAGGCCAGCCUGCAGGGCCUCAGCGUGGAGGACGUCCAGAUGUGUCUGGAGGCCGAGGCCUCCAUUAGCAUCAAAGCUAACGUCAAGACGGAAGCCAAGCACUGCAGGAAGGAAGAGAACAAGAUGGAGAACAAGAAAUCUUUCUCUGAUCGCUUCACUGACAGAUUCACAGAAACAAAGGGAGGCAUUACCACAGAACCAGACCUCCUGUUUUCUGCAGACAAAAACCCGUCAGCCUACAAAGAGUGGCUGAACUCCAUCCCACAAAACCCCGACAUCAUUUCCUACACGCUGGACUCGCUCCACGAGUUGGUGCCGGUCAAGGAUCCGGCCAGGAAGAACCUCCGCGCCGCCAUCAGCCACUACAUCCUGGAGAAGGGCCUGUGGAGGAACUGCAGUGAGCCCUGCAGGACCGGGAUCAAGAGCAACUCCAAGGACUCCUGCGUCUGCCAGUGCCACAACGAACAGGCCGUGAAUUCGGACUGCUGCCCGACCCGCAAGGGCACGGCCCGGGUCAUCAUCACAGUACAGAGGGCCGAGGGUCUGUGGGGGGACCACACCACCGCCACAGACGGUUUCGUGAAGGUGAUCCUCCCCGAUAACGAGGUGCAUCGUACCCGUGUGAUCCAAAACAACAACAACCCACACUGGAACGCAGUUUUUGACCUGGGCUCCAGGGACCUGACCUCUGGGAACACGGCCCGGUUUGAGGUUUGGGACGAGGACAGCGGCUGGGACAACGACCUGCUGGGAGAGUGCCAGAAGAUUUUAGUUUCCGGUAUUAACACGGAUGUGUGCCCUCUGCAACAUGGCCGACUUUACAUCAAAUGGGAGGCCAGGUGCGCUCCAAGUCUGACGGGAGCUUCCUGCACCGACUACAAACCCUCCCCCAUGACGAAAAGUCUUAAGGACGUGUUCGUUUCCCGCCACGCUCAACCCAUUCCAAAGGAAAUGCUGGUGAAGAUGGGCGUGUUUGUGGACGAAACGAAUUCUCCGAGAAACCAGAGUCUGACUCACAAACCAUGAUUUAACGUCCCGACAUACUGGGCACCGUUUGUAGAGCAGCUUGUGCUAAAAGUAACAGCAACACUUUUUCACAUUUAGAUUUAAUGUUUGAAAUAGUAGUGUGGACUUUUUAAAAUCAACUUUUAGCACAUUCAAAGUGUUAUAUUUAAACGUUAAAUCUAAAUGGUAAAUGCAAA